CGCAGUAAUGAACGCAUUCACAAAAACUCUUUAUUUCUGAACGCUACCGUUACGUAACUACGCCCUCUGGCGGCAAUUUUCUGGUAAAAAUACUUCGUGAAUGUGGCGUGUGUUGUUUGGAUUAUUGAGAGUCGUAAAUAAAAAAGCAAUCAAUGGUUUAUUAAUAUUUGUUAUAAGUAUACUAUAGGUGUCUUUAGACAACACUAUUCCAAGGGACAAUAAGUGGAAACGAAUAUCUUCAUGGGAGACGUGGUCUAAAUUUGGUAUUUUGUCAUAUGUUGCACGCCUGCCUUGGGGUCUCUGAAGAGGACAAAAAAAAUAAUCAGUAAAUCCGAUGCUAAAUUGAUAAUGCCAAAUAGACACAUUCAGUCUCCUGGCACGUUACAGCGCUUUCUCGUGACAAUGCGAAGUCUUUAUGUGUGAACGUGUAUUUCGCGUGAGCUAUAUUCAUGAUGGUUAUUAGAGUGGACACUGAAUAAGAGUCAGCAUGAGUCACAACUUGGCUGGGAUGCCCGGCGCCUAUAGGCUGCCCGGGCCGGGCCUGGGCCCGCCGGACUUCAAGCCGCCCAUGGAGACACCCACGCCUUCUGCGCCAGCACCAAGUAAUCCUAAAAAGAGGAGAAAAACAUCAAAUGCUAAUAAUGCCCUUGCACCACAACCACCACCCACCGCACAAGACCUGCUGCCUCCACCAUUAACGGGAUAUGGAGACACCAUAGUUGCAUCAAAUCCCUUUGAUGAUUCUCCAUCUACUAUUUCUCACAAUGGCCCUAUGAUGAGCCAGAAUGGCCCAAUGAUGAGUCAAAAUGGUCCCAUGGGUAUGAUGGGACCGAUGCACAGUAUGGGCGGACCCCCAAUGAGGCACAUGAGCCCUUUACCCCAUAGUAUGAGUCCAAUGAAUCAGCAAAUGCCUCCUCGAGGUAUCAGUCCUAUGGGUAACAUGAGUCCGAUGGGUCAUAUGGGUGGAAUGUCACCGAUGGGAGGCCCAAAUAUGGGAAUGAGCAAUCACAGUAUGGGUCCAGGCAUGGGGCCUGCGUCAAGGUCAAUGGGCAGUCCCAUGAGCCCUAUGAAUUCUAUGCCAAUGGGAUCACCAAUGUCUUCCGGGCCGAUGGGAAGCCCUAUGAAUAUGGGGUCAAUGGCAGGCAGCCACAUGAGCAACAGUCCAAUGGGGCCACCCAUGCACAGUCCUUUAGGAGGAGGGUCCAUGAAUGGGCCAAUGAAUGGCCCUAUGGGUGGUGGUGGACCUGGUAUGAAUGUGCCUCGAAUGAAUGGCCCUAUGGGUCCCAGUUGUUCUAAUGGUUCUAUGGGCCCAAGCAGUUCUAUAAUGUCAUCAAACUCAAUGCAAAGUGGAGGAAUGGGACCAGGUCACUGUGGUCCCAUAAGACAUGGUAGUCCAAUGGGCUCUGGAAUGGGAGGAGGGCCCAUGGGAGGGAAUGGUCCAAUGUCAUCAAUGGGCCCGGGUCCACCAUACUCGAGCAGCCACAUGGGACACGGUGGUCCCAUGGGGAUGGGAGGCAGUGGUAAUAUGGGGAUGGGUCCGGGCCCUGGUAAUAUGGGUAAUUGUGGGCCUCUGGCAGGCAUGAGUGGCAUGGCAAUGGGCGGUCCUGGAGGGCAAGGAGUGGGCCCGAUGGGACAAGGAAUGGGAAUGUUUGGGCCAAAGCCAAUGCCUGUUAGUGCUGGGAAAGUGUAUCCUCCAGAUCAACCAAUGGUGUUUAACCCACAGAACCCAAAUGCUCCUCCCAUCUACCCUUGUGGAGUAUGUCACAAAGAAGUACAUGAUAAUGACCAAGCCAUUCUCUGUGAAUCUGGAUGUAACUUCUGGUUCCACAGAGGCUGCACAGGCCUAACGGAGCCGGCCUUCCAGCUCCUCACCGCAGAAGUGUAUGCUGAGUGGGUGUGUGACAAGUGCUUGCACACUAAGAACAUCCCAUUGGUUAAAUUCAAGCCCUAGCGCGAGGUGCGCGCCGCAUCACAAGUAUUUAUUCCACUAAAUGGACUCUGUGAUUCACUCUCUUAAUUUAUUCACGCAUGGAGGUUGUGACAUGAAAGCUAGGGAUAUACCAACCUAUUUGCGCUCCGAUUGGAACUUAUUUUGCUGCCUUGAGGACUGAAAUGACAUUGUAAAGUUCUCUGAGCCUAUUUUACUCCAAGUUAUGUAUAUUUUAAAGCUGCCCAAAGUUAUAUUUGAUUUGAAUUAACAACUGAGCUAAACCUAUUAUUUUAGGUUUAGCUUUUAAUCUUAAACCAUGCCUCUUGACAAUAUGACUAGAUUUGAGUAGAUGUCACACUAAGUUUCAUAGAAACUCAUGCAGCAAUUAUCAAUCUGAUAGGAGAGUUAAUGUUACUUGUUGCUUUCAUGUCGCACAAAAAUGUCUGCCUCUUUGACUGUAGUCUGUAUAAGAUCGAUCUCGGAAUUUGGUGUAAGGAGGGUCAAAUCAUCUAUUGUCGACAUCCAUUAAUGCCACUUUUUUUACAGAAGUGCUAAAAAUGUCAACCAAUAGAUGAUUUACCUUCAUUGAAUGGAAGAUGCGUUGUGUCGUAAUGGAAGGUUACUUUUCGUGCUAUAUUAUUGAGUGUGAAUGACGAAUGCAGACGAUCCUACUAUGUCUAGUCUGUUGUCAUUAAGACUAGUUUUAAUCUAAUGCUAAGAUGUGGAGACGAAUGCAAGCUGCCGGAGUGAUCGCAUUAGGCAUAUCCAAUAAAGCAAUUGAAUGUUUUUCGGAAACGCAGUUUUGGCAGCACAAUUUAGGUAGAGGAAUUUUUGUUUAUUUCUUUCUAUGCCGUGUUUGUGUUGCUUGAGUCUAUGUGUAUAUUGUAAAUAUCGUUUAUUAAUAAUGAAUUAAUCUAAUUCUAUUUCCGCCUUCAAAGUUUUGUGAGCUAUAGGUGUACGGAUUGUAUGUUAUAUACGGUACACAUGAACUGUAGCCACGGCGCGAGUAGGCCUCCACUUGCGAUUAAAUAGUCGAACGACUGCCGGCGACAGUCGCGAUUGUCGCAAGCGCCCUCUGUACAUUUCGCUAUUAUAGUAAUAAGUAAUAAUGAAUUAAUGAAGCCGUUGUACUUACUAUGUCGAGCCUAUGAUUUGCAUGUAACUUAAGCGCAUUACGUACGUGUAAAUACGACAUACGACGAAUCCAUACUUACGCUUUGAUAAGGAUAAGAGUGUUAAAAUGUGUUUGUCAAUUUUUAACUUUUUGGAGAUUUUUUUAAUAAUAGCAUUAUUAGCGUUAUUGUGUUUUUUAUCGAAUGUAUAUACAUAUAUUGUAUAGGUUGUAACGGACUGAGAUUAAGAAAUAUUUCGGCCCCCGGUUGUGACCGCCGAGUGACUCCGCGCGGCUACAAUAUAUUUAUUUCAUUUACACAAGUUACACCUAUGUUGUUCCCAGCAAGAGGUACCGUGUCAGUUGAUAAUAAGACUAUUAAUAAUUAAUGUAUAAUUAGAAAUGGUCCUUAUUAACAAUUAAAUGGGUUGGUACCUUUUGUCUGAGAAUGUAUGUCAGCAUAGUUAUUUUCUGACUACAUUUAUUGUAACUCCAUAAGUGUAAGUAGAGUUUUGUCUUCUAGUAGAUUACCCAGUGACGAUGUUAAUCUUGCCUGGACGGGGCCCGGCCGUCUUCUUUAGUGCCUGUUAGCCGUAAGAUCGUAGGUAAAUUCAGAGCAAAUGUAUCUAUUUGUCACUUUCUCAAAAGGUAGCAUUUGGUCGUUUAACAAGAAGGAUCCUUAUUGCACAUUUUAGGUUGGUGCCGACUUACUGUGGUGCGGCUAAAUGAUACCUUUGCCCUAUGAAUAACUUAAUUAAAACACCUUUAAUGUUUUUCAAGCAAUCGAAACAUUUGAAUUUAAGUUUUUAAAAGAAAACAUGAAUUAAAAUAGAACCUAUUUAUUUCCAUGUGACUCUUUAAGAAAUUUCGUUGGAUCACACAUUUCUUACACAACUAAGAACGUGAGUCGCUUAAUUUCAAUUUCUUAUAAAUCCCUCAAUCAGACUGCGUUUUUAGUAUUAAGAAAAGAUCAUGGAUACUUCCUAAGGCCCACUUGCACCAACCACUUAACAGGGUAAGAGGGCUGUCAUUUGUCAAAUUCCAUAUAAAAUGGUGGGUUAACCUCAGGAUUAACCCACCAUUUUCGUUGGUGCAAGUGGCCCUAAAAGGGUCAAACGCCUGGACGGGCCAAUUUGUCAGAGUUUGAAGUUAAACGACAAUUGUACGCGCUUGUUGUUCCAGAGCUUUAAUUUAUCAAAGUAUGUAUUCCUAUGUAAUCCAGUCUUUGAUCUAACAUUUCUUGACAACAGACCUUAUUCGAAUUAUAAAUCUAAAAUACCUAUAUUAUGAACAUUUUUUUUAUGUAUGUUUUUUUUAUUUUUAAGGUCCAAAGUAAAGCACAAUUACGUCAUUGGGAAAAUCAAUGAUAAUAAGAUUAAUAGGACUACCGAAACACAGGUACUUUUAUUUACAUCAUGUACUUAUACUCCGAAAACCAUUUUAUGUGGCAAAGGUUUAGGUAAAUAAUAACUAUUUAAUAUUAUUUAUGCACUUUGUUUUACGAAAAUAAAAUCAUAACACAAUGCCGUUUAAUUUAUGUAGUUUAUCCAUCAAUUCAAGACUAGUGUAUAAUAAAUAUUGUUAAAAUGGCGUAAGUAGGUACUAAAAGGUGACAUGACAACCUCGGAUAUUUAAAAAAUGUGAAUGGUUGUGAAGCGACACGACUGAGGUACUUUUAUGAAGUAAAUAUUUUCGAAAUCAACCAUUAUAUAAUUUCUCGGUAAGGUCAAUACGGUUAAGUGUGUGAAACGGGGAAGUGUACCUGGCCUUCACAUUUGGUCUGUUUACUCUGUUUAAACGACGAUCAGUGUUUAUUGAGAGUUCAUACCUUUACCAGUAGUACUGAGUAGCAAGUAAAAGUAUGAAAAGUAUUCGUAAAAGCACCUGUGACAAUGAGUAAAAAAAACCGGCCAAGAGCGUGUCGGGCCACGCUCAGUGUAGGGUUCCGUAGUUUUCCGUAUUUUUCUCAAAAACUA